AUGACAGAACGCCGGCGGCGGCUCAGGAUCCCCGGCGAACCCGACGAGCGCCGUCCGCUGCUCAACCGGCUGUCCACCGAGCACGCGGACAAUGGCGAGCACGUCUUCAGCUGCCGGACGAAUCCGCACAGCGAGCUGCCUGUAUACACGAACAUUCACCGUAUCCGGCGCGACAUUGUAAGCGUGGUGGAGGAUUAUCUGACGCUGGAGCAGCUGCGGGAUGUCAAGAUCAAUGUGACGGUCAUCCGGCCGCUCGUGGAUAAGUUUUAUGAGCUGGGCGAUGUUUCCAUCGUAUACUGCUUGCUCGUCAACAGAGCACAAUUCCUAGAUGAAGAAUCCCGGUCUAGCAACCGGCAGAACGUCAACUGGACUCGUGCCACGCUGUGUGAGCUCAUCGCUACGCGCAUCCUGCGACGUUUCGGCGAGGAUCACGAUGGCGGCGCAGAGGGGCUGCUCUUGCUGGCACACAUCCUGGUUGCCGGCUUCGAGCCCUUCCAGCACGCGCCGCCCCAUAUACGAGAAGAGGCCGAAGACAAGGCCUGGUGGUCGACUCACCGGACGCUGCCGGCGCUUGAAGUCGCUAUCCUGACAGAGAGCAGGCACUUUCUCAGCUCGACGACGUGCCAGAGGGUCGUGGCGGCCAUUUACGAGGGCCGUGUGAUUUACACGCCGUCCACGUCGUGGGAUAUCAUUCCGGAUCACUACAAGCUGAAGCCCAUUUCACUGUAUGAUCCGCGGGAAUCGCCGCUACUGAACCAGUAUCGUCUUAUUGUGCCGAGGACGCGCAACUACCUGGAGGCGAUCCAAUUUACCAUCUUGCUGGGGCUAUAUGCUUCAGUUAUGACCAUGCGGAGGAAAGGAGAGAAUCCGGUGCUGGACGCGGCGUUUUCGAUAUAUGCAUUUGGUUGGUGUUUGGACCAGUUUGCCACGAUUCUGGCACAUGGAUGGAAUGUGUAUACGCAAAACCUAUGGUCUUUCCUCGACGUCACCUUCAUCUUCCUUUUUGUCAUCUCUAGCAGUCUGCGUAUCCAUGGGCUGAGAACCGGUUUACCGGGGCCCACCGAGCAGGCCUUUGACGUCUUGGCAUUGGCGGCGCCUGUACUCGUCCCUCGCUUGGCUUUCAACUGGCUGUCUGAUAACCUGGUGUUCUUGGCGUUGAGGUCUAUGAUGGCGGAUUUCUUCUUCCUCACGGCGCUUUCGGCGUGGUGCUUCUUUGGCUUUUUGCUGUCGUUGCUGUGGCUGGGAGAGGGAGCUCAUCCAUUGCUUACGAUUUCGAAGUGGAUGAUAUACAUCUGGUUUGGGCUUGAUGGCACUGGCAUUCACCGAUCGGUGGAAUUCCACUGGUUGCUGGGACCCAUCGUCAUGAUCUCGUUUGCCUUUCUAGGCAACACACUCUUCCUCACCAUCCUCGUCUCCAUGUUAUCCAACACAUUUAGCAACAUCUCUAGCAAUGCGACCGCCGAGAUCCACUUCCGAAAGGCCGUCCGCACUCUCGAAGGCGUCAAAGCAGACGCGGUGUUUGCUUAUCAACCUCCCUUCAACCUUGUUGCCGUUUUCCUUCUUUUGCCACUAAAGUUUGUCGUCAGCCCGCGAUGGUUUCACAAAAUCCACGUCGCCACUGUUCGUCUCGUCAAUCUCCCCUUGUUGCUGUUCAUAGCCGUUGCUGAGCGCCGCCUUCUCUGGCCGACGGACGACUUUGAGGGCAUAUCGCUGGCCCGGAAGUGGUUCUGGCAGAAAUGGCAACUCUCGGCCUACCAGUACAUCCGAGCCGUGUUCGACGUGCCGCCUCCAGACGAUGUGCACGACGACAUUGCCGUGGACGAUGAUCUGACGCACCAUCUCAUCCGGAGACAGUACCAGCGGCAGGAAUCGCAACAUACCAUAAAGAAGGCCUCGCGCCGAGACUCCAUGUUUGAGAUUCCACCGAAGCUGCGGAGCUCGCUUACGGAGACGGGUGAGGACUACGCAGAGAUGGCGAGUAGGUUGGCGGCGAUGGAGAAGGCGAUGGAGCGGAUGGAAGGCAUGCUCUCGAGACUGGUGGCGCCGCAGAGUGACAUUGAAGAGAACGAUACACUGCCUGAGGGAGAUGGGACCACUUUGGACUCGAGUUUCAGAGGGCAGGAGUCGAAUUUUUGA